AUGACCACCUACGAAACUGAUAAUGCUGAACAAGUUUAUAAUAACAAUGUUUAUGAUGAUGAUGAAAUGGAUAAUUCCUCUGAAACAUCAAAAGGUUAUACCUCUUCAAAUUCUUCCUUUGUUGACGAAUCAAAAAAGAAUGAUGGCUUGAUCGUUGUCGAAGAUAAUAAAGUAGAAAAAAAAACUAAACGGAGCACGAGUAAUAGCUUUAAGCGUAUGUUCAAUAGCAAGAAAGAUGAUAAGGAAGAUAAGGAUAAGGAGAAACCUCAAUCUGAAGGUUUGGUUCGUUCUUUAUCAUCGUUGGGAUUAUUUGGUAAAGAUAAGAGCGAAAAGAGCGAAAAGGGCGAAAAGUUCUUGCGUCCAACUUCUCGCACGUCAUCAAACAGUGAUAAGAAGAAGAGACGUAGCUUCAUCUUCUUCUCUGAUAAUGAAGAUGACAAUAAUAAACUUGAUGUGGAUUUCAAUUUUAUGAAGGGUAGAAAAUCUAGACAAAAUAGUAAUUCUGACGCGGAAAAAGAGAAAUCCUCUAAAAAGGAGAAUCGUCUCAGUCUUAACCUGGGUAAAAUUUUGGGUUUAGACGGGAAUAAACCUUCUCAUAAACCAAACAUAUGGGAUGACACUUUCCUUGAACCUGGUGAAACCGUUGGGACUCCAAUUAGUCCAACGAGGAAUCAUUUUCAAAAUGGUUCUUCUCCAACUUCCUUAAGAAAUAAACAAUUCUCCAAUUUUAUGGAUAGUUCUUCUUACGUUGAUUCUCCUGUUGACUCUCUCCGUGAUAAUCUAUCCGGUCCCAAUAACGUUAAUAUCCCUAACCCUAUCAGUAAAAUCGACGACAUCCCGUCAAAAAAUAGAAACAACAAUUCCGAGGUGACUUCCGACGAAUCUCCGGAUUAUAAAUCUCCGAGUGAUGAUGUUCGAUCAACAAAUUCUUCUUCUUCUACUGUACCAAGUUCCGUUACCGAUCAGGAGGAUUAUAAAGAAAUUCCUUCCUACAACAAUAUCAGUGGCAAUCAACGUAAAACCGAAUUCAGUGGAGAAAAUAUAUCUUACGAUUACCCUCAUCCCAUCUCUGAAGGAAUUGAAGAAAUUGAAGAAAGCGAAAGUGAACAAAAUUCUCCUACCACUCCAAUUACCCCUCGACUCAUUGUCACUGGUUCCGGGCAACACGAAUCUGAAUUCACUGAAGUUUUUAACGAUUCCAAUAAUCAAAAACAAGUUUCAUUUGAGGAAAAGUCGGAUGAUACAAAAAAAUUGGAACAGCAAUCUCUUGUCAAUUCGACCGUUGGAUCGAAACCAAAUUCCGAUAGGUUGGCCCGUAUGAGCGAGAUUAAAACUUCAAUGAAUGUUAAACCUCUUGUUAUUUCAUCCGUUAAUGUAAUUCAUGAUACAACGCAUGUCAAACACAUCACCCCCGAUGUUCAAGCACGAGAAAUGGAUACCGACAGCACAACCGCAAACAUCGUUGAAAAACGAAAUCAGGAUAACACGACUAUCACGAGCGCCGUUACCGCGCAAGUUUAUGAUAAAGAUCAGGUUGAAAAGAAAUCAUCAAAUAAAAAACCAUUUUUGCUUUCAAAUCUCAAUCCAUUUCAAGAUAAAUCUAUCAAAGAAAACAAUUCCCAUGAACAAGUUUUGAAAAAGUUGAAAGAACUUGAAGAGACUAAUAGAUCUCUUACUGACGCCAAAACAAACCUUGAAACUAGAGUUGCGGAGCAAAGUGGUCAAAUUAGCAAAUUAAACUCGAUGGAUCAAAUUAUGCAACAGCAAUUUGAUGUUUCUAAACGUAUGACAGAAACCAUGCUACGUUUAGAAUCAAAAGUAAAUCAACAAAAAGAAGAAUUGGAUAGUACAAAUGUUGGGAAAUUAUUUGAGGAUACUAUUAAACGUUUAGAAGAUAAAAUCGAUCAACAAAACGAAGAGUUAAAUUAUCUAAAAUCAAUCGUGGGACAGUUGGCUGGUGGGAAUCCACAAUUGUAUAUAACGAAUGGGGAAGAUUCACAGAUGACGUUAACACCAAGCAGAGAGUCUCUCCAAAUAAGAAGUCACGAAGAUCAACAUCAAUCGAGACGAGAAACUUACACGAAACUCACCCUUGUAAAUACAUUGGUGGUUAAUCCAUUAUACAACACUAUUACCGUAUCUGCCAGUAUCGCUACUUCUGUCUUGUAUGCAGUUUACGUAAGACCUGUUGUUGGUCUCGUCAAGGUUGUUAGAAAUGGGGCCGCGGGAUUUCAAUGA